AUGAAUCUUGAGAAUGUUAACCUAACUGAGAAUUGCCUCACAUUAUGCUCUGAGAAAACAGUUUCUAUAACAGUGCAUGUUUUAUUGUAUGUUUCUGCAGUAGCUGUGGUUCUGCUUACUGUGUGUGGAAAUCUACUUGUAAUCAUCUCUGUGUGUCACUUCAAGCAGCUACACACACCAAAUAAUAUCCUCAUCCUCUCUCUGGCUGUGUCAGAUCUUCUUGUGGGAAUAAUUCUGAUGCCAUUACACUUCAUUUGGAAGACUGAAUCAUGCUGGAUUUUUGGACUGAUACUCUGUCAUGUAUAUAAUUUUUUCUCUUUCCAUUUACCUUGUGUGUCUAUACACUGUGUUGCUCUAAUUGCUGCAGAUCGUUACUCUGCACUGAAUAAUCCCUUUUUCUAUUCUCAGGAAGUCUCACUGUCUCUUAUGUGCGUUGUAGUUUUGUUUAACUGGAUGUUUUCAGUUUGUUAUAACUUUGCUCUUCUUUAUUUUAAUGGAAACUUCACAGAUUUGACAAUGUGCCCUGGAGAAUGCCUUUUUGCUCAAAGUGAAAUAUGGUCCCUAGUGGAUCUAGUGAUCGUGUUCAUCUUUCCAUGUGCUGUGAUAAUAAUUUUAUACACAGGUGUUUUUUUCAUUGCUAGGAGACACAUUAAUGCCAUUAGGGGACUUGUUAAUCUAAGAACAACAGGAGAUGAUGAGACUGUAAAACAUUCUGCUGCAUCUGAAACAAAAGCUGCGAAAGUCCUUGGCAUACUAGUGUUUGUCUUUCUGAUAUGCUUAAUACCAUAUUAUAUUUGUACUUUCAUUGGUGAUAUUGUAGACACAAAAUUGUUUUAUGAUCUAAUGAAUUAUGCCUUAAUUGUCCUUUAUCUAAAUUCAUUCAUCAACCCAAUAAUCUAUGCUUUGUUUUACCCAUGUUUUCAAAGAAGUAUAAAAUUAAUAUUAACGUGUAAAAUAUUUCAAGCACACUCCUCUUUCAUUAAUGUAAUUGGAAGUACAAUUUAA